AUGCUGACCCCUCAGGCCACAGAGGAGCCUACAGAGCAGGCGCCCCUGCUGGGGUCGGAUGAGGGCGCCGCCAUUCACGAUGCGCCCCUCACGCCUUUGUCUCGGGACUGCCAGCGCCUCCUUAUCUUCGUGUGCAUCUCAAUUGUUGCCGCAGACUUUGGCAAUGCGCUGACUUUAGCGCCUCAAAUUUCGAUUUUUGAGUCCCUCAUAUGUCGUCGACUUGGGACAGACGGUGAUUGCAAAUCCACCGCGGUACAAACGGAGCUGGCUUUGUUGAUCAGCUGGAAGGAGACAAUUGACCAGUUGCCGGGCAUUAUCUUGGCGCUCCCAUAUGGACUCGCGGCCGAUCGAAUUGGGCGCAAGCCCAUUCUGGUGCUCUGUUUGAUCGGUCUCAUACUGGAAGAGGUCGCUAUUCGGCUGGUCUGCUGGUGGAAUGUCGCUCUACCCCUUCGAAUGAUCUGGGUGACGCCGAUCUUUCAAAUCAUUGGCGGCGGAUCUCAAACAGCGUCGGCUAUGGCUUAUACCAUUAUUACAGACGUCAUUCCUGUGGAUCGGCGGGCAUCGAUAUUCUACAUUCUGGCCGCUGUCAUUCUUUUAGGCGAAAUCCUUGCCACUCCCAUUAGUGCUUAUGUCAUGACGUGGAGUCUUUGGUUUCCAUCCUUAUUAGGAGUAGGAUUCGAGGUGCUGGCACUGUUGGGGGCAAGUCUGAUCCCCGAAACUCGUCCCGAUCCAGCAUCAAGCUCCGAGAGUCAAGCGACGGCGGAAUCCGGAGACACAGCUGACGAGGCCGAGAUUGAUUAUGGCCAGGCCGAAUGCCCGACGUCCGGAUAUCAACGUGGAAAAAAGAUCGUGACAGAAUACUGGGAAUAUGUGCGGACCACUCACAUCAAAGGCUGGGACUUUAACAUGGGCCUCAUCGUGCUCAUUUUCCUGCUGGCUAGUAUAAGCAGGCAGGCACUGCAGUUGAUCAUCCCAUAUGCCUCCAAGCGCUUCUCAUGGAGUAUCGCGCGCGCUAGCUUUCUCAUUACCUUGAAGGGAAUUAUUAACCUUGUCACCUUGUUGCUUGUUCUUCCUUGGCUUUCUGUAUGGCUGAGUAGACAAAUGUCGUGGUCUCCAGCGAUCAAGGAUCUCCGCAUUGUCCAGGGAAGCGCCUGGCUGCUAACUUUUGGUACGCUUCUCAUGGCCUUUGCCGCUAUCCCGGAGUUAUUCAUCACUGGGUUGUCUUUGUUUGCACUUGGAUGGGGGUUCUACUCGGCACUGCGAAGUUUGACUACGGCAUUGGUCUCGCCGUCUCAGGUGGGAGUGCUAAACGCAGGAAUUGGUCUGGCACAAAGCUUAGGCUCGCUAAUAGCAGGGCCGAUUCAAGCGGCAGCAUUUGGACGUGGCCUACGACAAGGCGGUGUUGCGUUGGGACUGCCAUAUAUGGCCGCUGGUGCAUUGCUUUUUAUGGCCAGUUGCUUGACUUGCGUGAUUCGCAUCGCGGGGGAAAAGCAAAGGGUCUAG